AUGCAGACGCGUAAUCUUCUCAAUUCUCUGCGAGCUCGUCUUCCAAGCCUGCGGACGGUGAGCACACAAGCGACAGGAGGUAUUACUACGAAAUCCGUCAAUUCAGAUAAACAUCACAACGAUGAGCAGCAUGAGCUAUUCCGGUAUACAUCCGGAAGAUGGAUUUUCAAUGAACAUUUACGCUUAUCGGAACGCCAAUUAGAGUUCGAUGUCUCUGCGCUAAGAAGCAUCGUUGCCAGUUCAUCUGGCCAAGCAAUAACCGACAUUGUUGACUUUUCUAAAUUAUCGGAGGGCGGAUACAACCGUGUGUUCCAGGCACGUUUCAAGGACGGACAAUGUGUCAUCGCGAGAUUACCCUAUCCGUCCACUACACCUGAGCAUUACGCCGUGGCCAGCGAAGUGGCAACGCUGGAUUAUCUGCGGUUACAUGGGAUUCGUACGCCCAAAGUGUAUGCAUGGUGCUCGACGAAAUCAAACACGGUUGGCUCUGAGUACAUUAUCAUGGAAAAGCUCGACGGCAUUCCUCUUGGUGAAAUAUGGUACUCAAUGACGCCAAAAGAACAACACGGCAUGAUGAAGCAGAUUGUCCAUUGGGAGGCGCAGCUGAUGUCUUUGAGCUUUCCUGCGUAUGGGAGUAUCUACUAUCGCAAGGAUCUCACGUCGGAGAAAAAGAUUUCUCUACCAGGGCAGCAUGACGAGUUCUGCAUGGGACCAAUUGCGCAUUAUAGUUGGUGGCACGAUAGAAGGAAUGUCUUGGAUGUUGACGCGGUCCAUCUUUACGCGAAACCCCGCCUACCCUACGAACGUCUCUACAGGGAAAUCUAUAAGUUUCGCAAAGUCUCGCCUGAUACCCACAUCCGAAAUCUCUUGGAUUAUCUGAGGUUAGCACCUUUUCUCGGAUUUGGUGCUGGAACAGCACUUCAUCGACCGGUCAUACGACACCCCGAUUUCCAACCGAACAAUAUUCUUGUGUCCAACUCGAACGAAAUUGUCGGUUUUAUUGAUUGGCAACAUUCUUCCAUUCUCCCUCUAGGUCUUGCAGCUGGAAUUCCGCAGCAUUUCCAGAAUUACGGUGAUCCUCUUUCGGACGAGCUUAGACAGCCCCCGUUAGAGCUUCCAUCGAAUUUUGACUCUUUAAGUCCUUCCGAACAAGCAUCAGUACGUUUGACUCAUCACAAGAGGUUGGUUCAUUUCUUCUAUGCCGCUUUUACUAUGCGGUUAAAUGAAGUGCAUUAUGAUGCUAUAUUCGAUAACUCUGCUAUACUACGUCAAGGACUCUUCAAGAGCGCGGGUACUCCAUGGGAAGGGGACUCAAUUACACUCAAGACAGAUAUGAUUCGCGCCAUACAAAGCUGGGGAGAUGUGAUUGCGUCUGGCUCUGUGCAACCUAACGGAGGGGCACCAUCUUCGCCCCCAAUUCAAUAUUCAGACGAAGUUGUGCGAGAGACCCUGGAUUUACACUCUCAACAAGAAGAAGCUGAUAUUGCGAUGGAGCAAAUGCGUCAUGCUUUGGACGUCGACGUAAUGGGUUGGGUGUCGAACAGUGAAUAUGAAGCUGCGAAGGAAUUGGCUGGGGAAUUGAAAGCCAGAAUGCUCGAAGCUGCUGAGACUGCUGAGGAUAUUACUGGAGUUCGUGACCAUUUCCCUUUUGAUGACUUUGAUGAGAGCGUUUCACCGUGA